AUGUAGGAUAACAAAAAACAUUACAUCCCACGAGAGGAUGAAUUCUCUGACCCCGAGGACAACCAAUAAAGAUCUCCCCUUAUUACUAAGAAACAUGAGAAACAAACUUCAAAGAUAGCAAGCAAUUAUGAAAUCAGAUUUUAAAACUUCAAUGAAGAUGAAGAGGCAACGAAGAUCUAUUAAAUAGUUGGACUUGAAACUUCAUAUUUCAAAUGCUGUAUAGUCGUGCCUAUACUUACCAUUUGUACUGCGCUGUUCUUUUUGCUAUUUUUAUAUUGGUACCCAUCACUAAGAAGAAGAUUCUUCUAUAACUAGUGCUCAUUAAACUAAGCCAAAUUUCUAUUUAUUCUUGGAGCUCUUGGCCAUAUGGAAAUCGUAAACAUUUAGAACAGAAAUGAAGAGAUAUUUGACUACUUAGACUCUAAAGAUAAAUCUGCCUACGAGAUAAGCCCGUUCUUGACGUUUACUUAUAGAUUUAUCUAAUUCUAAUACGAUUAUCUUAAUGAUAAAUUUGUUCCAAUAGUAUUUGAUUUCAAGAUGCCCUUCGCCAGUAUUCAUAGCAAAUAUUCAGCUGGAGUUCAAACUGAGGGGGAUUAUAAGAUGCAACUUAUUAAGUAUGGAAAAUGCAAUAUUGAGGUUCCUAUCAAAUCAGUUCCCAGACUUUUGAUUGAAGAAGUCUUAAAUCCAUUUUAUCUCUUUCAAAUAUUCAGCAUGGCCCUAUGGUAUUGGGAUGGUUAUGCCGCUUAUGCUACUUGCAUCUUGAUUAUCUCAGUUACAUCAGCUGUGACUUCACUUGUUGAAACUUUAAGAAACCUUAGAUCCAUCAAGAAAAUGGCUUAUUACUCUUGUCCAGUUAAUGUGAUGAGAUCAGGGAAUGAAUAAGAACUUAUCUAGACCAGUAGCGAGGAUCUUGUCCCUGGUGAUGUUAUUGAGAUUCCAGAAAUGAGCAGCAUGCCUUGCGAUUUAAUUCUUUUAACUGGAUCUUGCAUUGUAAAUGAAAGUAUGCUCACUGGUGAAAGUAUUCCAGUCAUAAAGAACUAACUUCCUUUCACAAAUGAUGUUUAUGAUGUUGAUCAAGACAGUAAAUACACUCUAUAUGGAGGGACCAAAGUUAUUUAAACCAGAAAAUUAGGAAAGCAAAGGGUCUUAGGACUUGUAAUUAGAACAGCUUUUGUAACCACUAAAGGUAAUCUUGUCAGAGAUAUUCUCUAUCCUAAGCCAAACAAGUUUAAGUUUUAUUAAGACUCACUCAAGUUUAUUCUAGUUAUGGGUAUUUUAGCCAUUCUCGGGUUCCUUGGAACACUACCAUUUAUGAUUGCUUAAAACUAUGAUGCUGCAGCAAUCAUUGACAGAUCUCUUGAUUUAAUCACAAUAACAGUCCCACCUGCUCUUCCAGCAGCUAUGACCGUCGGUACUGUAUUUGCUAUCAACAGACUGAAGAAUAAGAAAAUUUUCUGUAUCUCACCACCAAGAGUAAAUGUGAGUGGAAGAGUAAAUUUGAUGGUUUUCGAUAAAACAGGAACACUCACUGAAGAUGGUCUUCAAGUAUUUGGAUAUAGAGGAGUAGAUAAAGCUGUCAUUCAUAAUAAGUAAUCCAAUGUAUUUGGGUAGUUCACACCAGAUUGCAAGAUAUUUUAGCCAAAUAGAGCUUGGUGGAAUGAUAGACUAGAUAAGGAAGAAUUUGGAAACGAUCCAAAGACUCUAUUCUUAGAGAGUUUAGCCUCGUGCCAUUCAAUUACUUAUGUAAAUGGAGAAUUAAUUGGUGAUCCUCUAGAUGUAAAAAUGUUUUAAGCAACCGGCUGGAUACUAGACGAAAAAACAGAUGAUGCCAAUGCUGAUGAGCUUAUACUUGCUUAAGUUAGACCAGAAAUUUCGCCAGCACUACAAAAGAACAUUAGAGCUGAUUCAAUGCUUUCAGCAAGUGAUAUAAGCUAAAAUGGAAAAGAUUCAUCAAGUUACAGUAUUGCACUAAUUAGGAGAUUUGAUUUUUCAUCAAAACUUCAGAGAAUGAGUGUGAUAGUAAAGAACAUGCAUGAUGGUGAAUUCAGAUCUUAUAUCAAAGGUUCACCUGAGAGAAUCAGAGAGCUUUGUAAUGCCUCUACUCUACCAGAAAACUUUGAUGAAAUUCUAUAAAUCUAUACUGAGUGUGGCUAUAGAGUGCUUGCCUUAGCAACAAAACCUCUCAAUCUUAACUUCUUAAAGGCUUAGAAAAUAACCAGAGAUGAAGUCGAGAGCGACAUUCAAUUCUUAGGGUUCCUUAUUAUGUAAAAUAAGCUUAAGCCAGUUACCACUUCAAUCAUUCAAAUCUUAAACUAAGCUAAAAUUAGAACUAUUAUGGCUACAGGUGACAAUGUGCUCACUGCUAUAUCUGUGGGAAGAGAAUGCAACAUCAUCGACGGAGAAUCAGAGGUCUUCUUAGGAGAUGUUAGAAGAGAUGGAGACACGGAAUAGCUCUUUUGGAAGAGCACCAAGAGUAACAGACAUGAGCUUCAACCAAAGACAUUGGUUCCCAAUUAAUAAUUCUUUUAAGAUGAGAGCUAGAGACCUGGUCACAGUCAUAUUACUGGACAUGAAAAAUAUGAAUCUUCUAGAUAAGAUGAGGAAGAAUCUGUGAAUGAUAUCGUGAGUUUAGAUGAUUUCCCUUGGUAACAUCCUCCAGAAGAUUACUCAAUCGCUAUAACUGGAAAAGCAUUCAAUCUUUUGAUUUAGGAUCCUUCCUAAAAGGCUAUUUUACAAUAAGUUCUUUUGAAAGCUCAAAUCUAUGCAAGGAUGCAGCCAGAUGAUAAGGCGAAGCUGGUCGAAUAACUUUAAAGUUAUUGUAAGACAGAAGUUGGUAUGUGUGGGGAUGGCGCAAAUGAUUGUGGCGCACUUAAGACUGCUGAUAUGGGUAUAUCUCUAUCAGAGGCUGAAGCAUCUAUUGCUGCUCCAUUCACAAGUUAAAUCUAAGAUAUAUCUAGUGUGGUCAUAGUCCUAAGAGAAGGAAGAUGCGCUCUUACUACUUCAUUUUAAAUGUUCAAGUUUAUUGAGCUCUAUUCUAUGAUUCAAUUUGUGAAUGUCACCUAUCUUUACAUUAUUGGAUCAAAUCUGACAGAUUAUCAGUUCUUAUAUAUUGACUUGUUUAUUUUGGUGCCACUAUCCAUGUUUAUGGGAUAAACUGCUCCAUACAAGCAUUUAACUCCUCACUUGCCUUCAGGAGCUUUGAUUAGCUUACCAGUCUUGGUAUCUGUACUUGGCUCUGUAGUUAUCCAAGCUACAUUCUAGAUUUUCAUGUUUUACUUUGUUGCAUGGUGGUCAUUUUACUAGCAACCUCCUAAGCCUGAUCCCCAUGAUCCAGAUAAGAGCAUGUCAUGCUUUGAAAACACCUCAAUGUUUUUGACAUCUCUCUACUAAUACUUAGUUGUUGCAAUGGCUUUUAGUAUUAGCAAGCCAUUCAGACAGCCAAUCUAUACAAAUCUUUGGUUCACGAUAAGUCUUUUGAUUCUAUUUGUGUUCAGUGUCUAUAUUACUCUCGCCAGUGACAGUUGGAUUGAAACUAUAUUCGAACUUAAAGAAGCAGUCACGAUGGAAUUCAGACUAAGUCUAUUAGUAGUAGCAUUUAUCAACGGCAUCUGCACCUACUUUUAUGAGAAAAUAGCUAUUUGGUACAUUUCACUGUGGUGGAAGAACAAAAAGGAAAAGAAGAGAUAAGAGGAGCAAAAGAAGGAAAUGGAAUUUAACCAAUAGCAAAUUGAGAAUAUUCAGCCUAAAUCAUAUGCUGUAAAAGUAGAUGAACAGUAGUAGAGAAGAAUUUCUAACCAUUCUGGAACUCAAAGCAAUCAUACUUUUAAAUUCAACAAUAUCAAUGAUAUCGCUAGUAACAAUGGAAGAUAAGCUGUUGAUAGCUCUCAUGAUGAAAAGUUGAGCAACGACUAAUGA